ACUUGCCUGGUUGGUUGGCUGGUUGGCCUUGUGUUUCAAUGCCAAAUAAAAUAUAUUUCUAUUUUGUAUACAACAUUUCGCACUGAAAGACAAAAAAUGAAAGAAAAGCGCAGAGAAAAGUCGCCGGAGCAGAGCACAGAUUAUCUACUGAUAGUUUGCUACGCGAUUGACGCAUUUGAAUUGUUCCAUUCGCUGUACUUUCUGGUGGAUACCACUACUCUAUUGAUAGCGUAUACGAAUCUAUACACCCAAAUGGCUUUCCUGGGCACCAUCGUUUGGUUUCUGACUGUUGUCGCCCUCACUGUGGGUCUAUGGCAGGGCCGACCGAUGCUUUGUAUAUUUUGGCUUUUCUUCUCGGGCAUCGGCACUCUCACGGACAUUGUGUAUCUGGUCUGGAGUGUGACAUCGUCCCUUACCUUUGACUGGCUGCAUUUCGUUCGGUGGACCAUCCUGUAUUUUGGAAUAGUUGUCGAGUGCACUUGUCUGUAUUUGGUUUACAGUUAUUAUCGAAGAUUGAACAGCCUCCAAGUGCUCUGCGACCCCAAAAGUCGUAGAGGCGCUGCUAGAAGCGCUACUCCGGAUUUGUGCAGCGAAACGUCACCAUAUCCAGCUACAGAUACGAAAACUACUGGAAGGAAGUAGCAACCAAGUAGAAGAGCAGGCAUAUAGGGACGAAUAAACAUAUAUGUAUAUCUUUUAUAUAUAAAACAGGAAUACCA